AUCUGGCUGUGGUUUGACGGAAACUGAAUUGCAAUGGCAUUUCCAGCUCCUGCUUCAGGGAACCUGUUAAUCAUGGCUCCUCAGGAAAAGCCCAAAGAUUUGUUCCACUGUGUGGGAAUCAUUUUUUUCCUCUUGGGCUUGGGAACGCUUCUGCCUUGGAACUUCUUCAUCACAGCCAUCCCGUAUUUCGAGGCCAGGCUCGUGGUGGGGAACUGCUCUGCCAGACCGGAGGCGGCUGAGAAUCGGACGGCCUCGGACCUCCAACCGGUGUCCGUCUGCAAGGAUGCUUUUAGCUUCAGUAAUUGGCUGACGCUGCUCUCCCAGUUACCUUUGCUGCUCUUCACGCUUCUCAACUCCCUCCUCUACCGAUGCAUUUCGGACAAAGUGCGCAUUUUGGGCAGCCUGACCGCGAUCCUGUUUCUCUUUGUGCUGACGGCCAUCCUGGUCAAGGCGGUAAUGUCGCCCCAGAGUUUUUUCUCUGUCACCAUGGCAAGCGUCUGGUUCAUUAACUCCUUCUGCGCCAUCCUGCAAGGAAGUCUGUUUGGCCAGCUGGGGGCUUUUCCGCAAAGAUACAGCACCCUAUUUCUCAGUGGCCAAGGGAUGGCGGGAACAUUUGCCGCCGUUGCCAUGUUGCUGUCCUUGGCCAGUGGCUUGGAUGCCCAGACGUCUGCCCUGAUCUAUUUCGUCACUCCUUGUGUUGGGACCUUCGUUUCUAUCGCCUGUUAUCUCUUGCUGCCCCGCCAGACCUUUGCCCGUUAUUAUCUGGACGAGAGACCCCAAGAGGAUUUAGGAUGUGAACUGGAGAGCAAGACUGGCCUUCUUUCUCCAGAGGAUGGCUCGACUCUUGUGGCAGACAGUUCCAAAGGAGAACCGCUCAGCUUGAGCAACGGGAACGCCGUGGUCCUGGAGCAGGAUGGCUUGACUUGCCCACCCGAAAUAAUGAACGGAAAGAGCGGGGUGGGCAUGGCUCCACCCAACCCCUCGCUCUUGAGUGUGCUCAGGAAGAUUUGGGUGCUGGCCCUCUCUAUUGUGAUGGAUUUCUCCAUUACCCUGUCGGUGUUUCCGGCGAUCACCACAAGAAUCGUCAGCUCCUCUGAGAACCUGGCUUGGCAGAAUUUCUUCACUCCCGUCUGCUGUUUCCUUCUCUUCAACAUCAUGGACUGGUUGGGAAGGAGUUCGACUUCCUAUUUCCUCUGGCCGCAGAAACACCUGAAGCUCCUUCCCGCAGCGGUGGGGCUCCGCGUCGUCCUCGUACCCAUGUUCCUCCUGUGCAACAUCCCGGAACAGACCUACUUCCCUGUGGUUUUCCACCACGACGCCUGGUUUGUCGUCCUGAUGGUGGUCUUUUCUCUCUCCAAUGGCUACUUCGUCUCUGUCACCAUGUGCCUGGCCCCCAAGCAGGUCCAGCCACAGGAGAGCGAGUUAGCGGGGGCCAUCAUGACGUUCUUCCUGGCGCUGGGCCUCUCUUGCGGAGCAGCCCUCUCCUUCGUCCUCAAGGUCCUCUGACGGCCUCCGCCCUUCAAGGUUUCGCAUCCGCACCUCUUGAAGGCUGAAGGGGCAGCUGGUGGCCGGGCCCCCUUGCAGGAUUUUCAUUCGAGCCCCCUCCGUGUGGCAGCUGAGAAAUUUUCUUCGCAGUGAGGGGGAAUGGGACCUAUCUGAGCAUAACCCUUCCUCCUUGUUUCUAUUUCAUGUCUGCAUCCCUUCCACUUUGCCCCAUUUUUUUCUGUAGAUGUCCAAAUGUAUUUGGGAGGAAAUGUUCUGGAUUUUUUCAAGCGGGGAACUGACAGUUCUGCAAACUGUUAAGGGUGGGGUUGUCAAGGAACGGUCUUUUCCCCCUGUGCCCAGCUGAUGAUGCAGCCAGCAAACAGGAGCUGGACCUUCGCAUGUGAUGGAAAGCUGUGAUUUUUCUCUGCUCCAUUUUGGAAUUCAGGAGCUAUUAUCUUGGGACUCGACUCGGUUGAAUACAUGGCUGGAAGGGAUACAGAAGGGGGAAAAAACCCUUGAGGUGUCUUUUAAUGUCAAGGCAAUCCACAGUCUGUUUCCUACCUCACCUUGGUCAUUUUGUCUCCCUUGAGCGGAUCGCCAAACCUACAGGGCUAGUAACUUGGAUGGCAAAAACAGACCAAGCUGGGAAAGCACCUCUCAACUUUUCCAGUGCAUAAUGAAGGGACAGGAGAAUGAAUUGUAAUAGCCCCUUAAUUGAUUUCAAACUACUGGAGAUCUGGAAGAUACGAGGGCUCAGGGGCAGAGAUGAUUGUGCAUGCGUGUGCGCAUGUGCGCACACGGAUAGAGCCUGACCUUGCUGACUACUGAAACAGAGUUAAAAAAAAAGUUAGGAAGUUGCCUGGGUGGGCAGGAAAUGAAGCAAGAGGCACAAAAUUAGUUGGAAGGGUAACCAGGCAUAAAUUACAGGGCUGGUUUUCAUCUCCUGUAAUAACAUUCUGGGGUUCAGGCAUGGGCUGUGCAGCGAUGGCUGGCCCCUAAUCUGACUUCAUUUGGGGCAAAGCUCUACCUGUUCUGCCAUUAAACCAGAACAGCGGAAAGAUAUUCUGAGCGCAGAAGUGUUACCAAGGCUGCAUGUAAAUAUCAACCUGUGGUUACUCUGAAUUAUAAAAGGAACUACAGAGUAACUAGUUACUCAAUCUCUGCUUUCUCAUUCAUUCUGCUUGGUCGCUGUUCAUAAGUCGGUGAGCCAGAAACUUGUUUUUCUGGAAAGAGGGGAAAAAACAUCCAUAUGCAGCCACACCUGUAUUGUAUUAGGUCAAGGAAAGGUUUAAAAAAUAAUUUCUGUUGUGGAAAUAUAUUGCCUAAAUCAGUGUUUCUCAAUCUUGGGGACUUUAAGAAGUGUGGACUUCAGCUCCCAGAAUUCCCUAGCCAGCAUGCUGGCUGGGGAAUUCUGGGAGUUGGAGUCCACACAACUGAAAGUUCCCAAGGUUGAGAAUCACUGCCCUAAAUCCUGGCCCAGUGGCAGUUUUUGGUUAAGUUUAGAUCUACCUUGUCUAAGCCACUGUCUUCUAGAUGUAUGGGGAUUGCAAAUCCAGAAUCCCCUUGUCCUUAGGCAGAGUGGCUAGGAAGUCUGGGAACAUGGCUGCAAAGCAUCUCUUAAAGGAGGCAGGGCUACUGUACAUUCCUUCGCUGGGAUGCUGUUUAGGCCAGGCUCUGGGAUCAAUUUAGAACUGUGACAUCUUUGUCGUCAUAGUGAUAUUAAGCCUCCCCUCAUUACUGUUGUGGCCUAACAGUGGUUGGAUGGCUCUGAAAGAUGGCAAAACUUCUAAGUAGGGAAGUGACCUUUGUCUUUUCCCCAGGUUUGAACCUGAUCUGGUAAGUGAGCCAGUUUAAAUCAGGACAAAAACUUAA